CAUGAGACAAACAUAUACGACACUACUCAGACAGGCGAAGUCCUCUCUGCCAUUGACGACAAGCAGCUCUUGUUCAAGAUUGACUGCCGCUUGAUGCCAAUACUGCAAGUCCAUCCUCUGGAUCGGUCUUUACCGGAUCCCAUCGCUAACAAAACCCAGNNGUGUAUCACUUACGCGCUGCAGUCAAUUGACAAGACGACCUUGUCGUACGCUGCCGUCUUUGGANNCUUCUCAUGUGAUGCAUGUCAGGCCGACGAGACCCACCUUUCGGGUUCAGAGUACUCUUGGCUUGGAGCUAUUUUCUACCUUGGGUACAUGUUUUGGGAGUGGCCGACUUCAUACUUGCUUCAAAGGUUUCCGCUUGCAAAGUUCUUGGGCGUAUCGUCANNGGUGAUUCUUUGGGGUGUCGUGUUGACCUGCCAUGCGGCUGGCCACAACUUUGCCGGACUGGCGACUGCAAGAUUUUUCUUGGGCGUCUUUGAAGCUUGCAUACAACCGGUGACAAUGGUCAUGUUUAGUAUCUGGUAUACCCGUAUGGAGCAACCUCUGCGUUUGGGUAUCUGGAUUGGGUGCGCCGGACUCGGUUAUGUCGUUGCCGGCAUUACGAGCUUCGGUAUCGGACAUAUUCAUGGCGCCUUGUCCAGCUGGCGAUAUACGUUCCUCAUCUGGGGCUGCGUCACUAUCGCGUGGGGCGUCGUGGUACUUGUUUUUCUGCCUGACAAUCCUGCCACGGCUAAGUUCCUCUCGGAAGAUGAGAAAAUAGGCGUCACCGAGCGCGUCAAAGGUAACGGAACGGGACUCGAAGAGAAGACUUUCAAGAAAGCUCAGCUGUUAGAGACACUAACAGACACAAAGACUUGGUUAGUCUUCGUCUUUGCGGUGGCGAGUAACAGUCCUAACGGUGGAUUGACAACAUUUCAGGGGUUGAUCAUUCGUGGCCUCGGCUUCUCGAAACUACAAACCACAUUGAUCCAGAUGCCCUCAGGCGCUAUCCAGUUUGUGGUUUGUACGGGCGCGACUUUCGUCGCCUCCUCUUUCGAGAACGCAAGACUGCUCACUAUGUUUAUAUGUCUACUGCCGACAUUAGCUGGUGUCAUCGGGAUGUGGACACUGCCGUCAAGUGUACCCUGGGGCCGCAUGGUGUGCUUGUGGAUCACAUUCACCUACACCGCCACAUGGACACUUUCCAUGUCUGUCGUGACAGCGAACACCGCUGGACACACCAAGAAGUCAACAAGCGCUGCAAUGCUUCUGAUCGGCUACUGUCUUGGAAAUUUCAUAGGACCAUUUUUCUUCCGCAAAGCCCAAGCACCACGAUAUGAGCUGGGUGUUGGCAUGAUGUUGGCCUGCCUUGGUAUCCAAAUGCUCAGCAUUCUAGGCUUGUAUCUGCUGUUUCUCUCCCGGAAUCGUACGCGGGCUGCCAAGAAUGCACUGUCAGCGGAGCAUGUUGCUGAGGGAGAGAUACGAGGGCUCCACGACGAGACAGAUCUCCAGAACCAGAACUUUAAGUACGUGUAUUGA